AUUCAUUCUUCAUAAUGGUAUGAUACCUAUUGGCAAUUACUCAAUACUCAUUACUCGGCCACUCGGGAGCCUCAUAUUUCAUGUUUACAUUUUGAAUACGAGGUCGCCUACUUCGAUGAUUACAUACAUUAAAAUAUUAAUUCGUCUGCACUCUACCAUUAUAGUAUAAAUUAUGGUCAAUGGAUAUCUGUUGAUUCAUUAAUUAAUAUUAAUUAUACAUCAAACCCAUGUAGAAGAUUUUUUUUUUUUAAUUUGAAAAAACGGUAUUGUGUAAAUUUCUACACUAUGGCUACAGAUGAAAAAAAUUUCUUUCAAAAAACUAUCCAGCAUUUGGCCCGAUCUUUGGCUUCUCAAAAGGAAAUACCAUGGGAAAAAAUGCAAACAAUAUAUUCAUUAUGUCCGCAAGAAGGUCAUCAAGGGGUGUUCAAGAUGGAUCAAAGAGGCCAAGAUUCUAUAAUAGCAUUGGGAAUAUACCUCCUAGAGUCAAACUUUCAGCAUGUUGAUCACAUACUACCUUACUUAUUAAAGUUGUUGAAUGGCUUAGGGAAAAUGCAGUGGGUGGAUGAGAUCAAGUACUUUCCUAGAGAGAGAAUACCAGUUGCUGAAAGAAUGAGUUUUUGUCUUAAUACAUUAUUAACAGAUGUCGCAACUCGUUAUCCAGUUUCUAGAGAAAAAAUAAUUGAAGCACAGAUAAAAUGCCUCAGUAAACUAUCCAAUAUUAUUAGAUCAGCUAAAUCUGACAAGCUAAAUGAUAUAACUAAGACUACAUUAUGCAAAGCUACCAUUCCAUGUUUUAUCGGCUUGGCUAGGGCAAUGGGACGAGCAACCUUGAGUGAUCCUCCACUAUUAUGUCGUUUAUUUCCAAAACCUAGUGCUCCAAUUCAACAAACUCCAGUCCCUAUACCUGAUUUAAACAUACAAAAAAAGAAAAGUUUCUCAAAUUUUCGCUCUAUCAUUCCUCGAUCGCUAUCUCUAAAUUUAAAUUUAGCUUCACUAGACGUAAUGACAUUAAGUUCGCUGGAUCCAAUGAAUGAUCUCAAUAAUAGAAUGAUAUACAAAUCAGAAUGUAAACUGGGUUCCCAAGCGCCGACAAAUAUGUCUAAUUACUUUUUCUUUAAAUACGGAUCAAGUUUUAACCAAUUUCCAUAUACAAGAUUCACUGACUCAUCUAUUGAUCACAAAUCAUCAACGUUAAUGUUUCCCUUGGGUCACCUACAAACUGUUUUAUCGAUUGCAAAAAAAAUUCUUACCUCUGAUGUUUUGGGGUUUGUGGAUAGUUUAGCUCUUGAAUUUCACAUAUCUGGGGAAAGUAAAACAUUUUGUUAUCGAAGUUUUAGUGAAAUAUUAAAUUUAGUCAUUGCUUCAUUAUUGAGAGAGUUACUUCAAUAUCAACAAGAUUUACCAUUACCAUUUACUAAAGACGUUCAAGAAUUUAUAAAAGAUUUAUUCUUGAAUGGUCAAACCGAGUUACAGUCUGGUGUAUUACAAGAAACAUCUGAACGUGAAGAAAAAGAACUACAUUUAACAACAAUAAAUAAAUUUAAAAUAAAUGUUUUAGCUAAUGCAGCUUGUGUGGAUUUAUUGGUUUGGGCAACAAGGGAUGAAGCUGGUGCUGAUAAUUUAUGUGGUCGUUUAAUGGAAAAAAUUAACUCAAGUAAUAAUGUAAAACAAGCAUUAGCACAUAUGCCAUUGAUACUAGUUUGUAUGGAGGGUUUAGGUAAAUUGUCUGAAAAAUUUCCAAGUAUAGCCAGUACUUGCAUUCAAUGUCUCCGUGAUUUUCUUGUUCAACCAUCACCAAUUUUAUCAAAAUUAAACAAAUUUCACUCUGAAAAACAAACUCCUAAAGGAUUAACAAUCACAGUUAACGGUGUUAAUGAGGUAAAACCAAUAUCAUCAGAUCAUGUUGAAUCACAGUUUGAAAGACUCCGAAAUUCAUCGAUUGAAAAUCUUUGUAUUGCAUUAAGAGCAGCAUAUACAUUAGAUCCUUUUUGUGUGCCAGCACUUUUAGCAUCUUUAUCUAAUCGAUUGUAUACUGCCGAAAAAUCUAAAAAUGAUUCAUCGUUAAUACAAGCAAAUACUAUAGUGAUGUUAGGCCAUAUUGCAGUUAGUUUAAGAGAUACUGCAAAGACAUCGGAUACUAUUUUGCAAUUUUUCCAGCAACGAUUCUGUCGUGUUCCUAGUUCUAUUGAUGUACUUAUUGUUGAUCAGCUUGGAUGUAUGAUUAUUGCAAAAUGCGAUAUGAAUGUUUACGAAGAGAUAAUGCGUAUGUUUUCGACAAUUACUGUAGAAGCUGGCAAUGCUUUAUACAGUCAUGAUCAAUCAAAUCAAUAUAGACAUGUUUCAGGAGCAGUUAUUAAUGCCUUGGCUAAUAUUGCUGCUAAUAUUAAGGGUGAAAAUGAAAUGAAUGAACUUCUUGUUAGAUUAUUAGAAUUAUUUGUUCAGCUUGGUCUUGAAGGAAAACGAGCUUCAGAAAAAGCACCAGUUGCUAAUAAAGCAUCUAGUAGUGCUGGGAAUUUAGGAAUGCUAAUUCCGGUAAUUGCAGUACUAAUACGUCGCUUACCAGCUAUUAUACAGCCCAAACCACGAUUGCAUAAGUUAUUUAGGGAUUUUUGGUUAUACUGUGUAGUUAUGGGAUUUACAAAUGACUCUGGAUUGUGGCCUAGUGAAUGGUUCGAUGGCGUAAAAGAAAUUGCUAUUAAAUCACCUUGUCUUGUUACUCAAACUUCAACU